UUAUAGACGGCCCCUACAAAAAAAAUCGCGUUUCUCUCGCCGUAGUCGCUACACCUUUGACCUUUCCACCUCUGCCCCCUCACAAUGCUUAUGAACUCCGCGUGAACGCACCACCAGACAACAACAACACAACUGCUGUUAUUAUUACUACCAACUCGUAAACUCCGCGCGCGCACAAACACAAACACUUAGCAACCUCGUGAACAAAUGAGAGCGAGAUUUAACAAAAACCAACAACAGUGAACCAUCCUCCCGAGAUUGAAUACUAAUAACGAGGACGACGACGACAAUAUUAGAUUAACAUUUUAGUAAACACUUAUUUGUGUUUUAUACAUACACAUAUAUAUAGAGAGAGAGGCAGAGGAGGAAGGGUGGUGAGGUGAAGCGAGAGAGUCGUGCCCGGUUCGCAGAGGCCUGCAGUAGGCCCAAGGGUGGCUGAGGCGAAUUUUUAAAAGACACCAAAAAAAAGGUUCGUCUGUCCGUCGAGUCGCCGCAUAUCACGAUGACGACCGCUCCCCGGCUUCUGCUGAUGUCUGGGAGAGUUCGCUCCAUCGUGAGCAGAUUGCCCAGGGGCAUUGGGCAAGAUCAUAUGGCACAGAUGUCGUCAUCGUCUUCGUCGUCGUCGUCGUCACCACCACCGUCGUCAUUACCAUCGUCACAGCCACCGUCAUAUUCCAGUGGGCUUCGUGGAUCCCCGGGCGGCGUUGAUGUCAAAGCUCUGCUUCAGGAGGAGGACACGGCGGAGGAUGGCAGCGUCCGCGAUGACAAGCACGAGAGCUCGGUGCUGCUCUUCCCGGGCCAGGGCAGCCAGUUCGUGGGCAUGGCUGCGUCGCUGGUGGAGAGGCACGAGCGGGCGCGGGCGCUGUUCGACGCGGCGCGGCGCGUCCUCGGCUACGACCUGCUGGCGCUGUGCCUCGACGGGCCGGCCGAGCAGCUGAACCGCACGCUGCACUGCCAGCCCGCCGUGUUCGUCACGUCGCUCGCAGCGCUCGAGGCGCUGCACGAGGACGAGCCGGAGGCAAUAGAGAACUGCAAGGUGGCUGCGGGCUUCAGUGUGGGAGAGUUUGCUGCGCUGGUCUUUGCCGGUGCCAUGGACUUCAGCGAAGCCCUGUACUGCGUGCAGAAGCGUGCGGAGGCCAUGGAGGCUGCGAGCUCGCGGGGCCCCCCCCACGGCAUGCUGUCGGUGUCGGCGCGCCACGCCUUCCGCCCCACCGCCGCGUGCCAAGAGGCGCGCGAGCACUGCCUCUCCCACUGCCUCUCCGCCACCGCGGCCGGCACGGCCGAGCGGGUCGCCGAACCCGUGUGCCUCGUCGCCUCCUACCUGUGCCCCGACGUGCGCGUCCUGGCAGGCCACGUGCAGGCGCUGGAGUUCGUGCAGCGGCACGCGCGGCGCCUGCACGUGGUGCGCACGCGCCGUCUCCCCGUGAGCGGCGCCUUCCACACGCCGCUCAUGGCACCCGCCCAGGAAGCGUUGGCUCAGGCGCUGGGCCGCGUCACCGUGCGGAAGCCCAGCGUCCGCGUCUACUCCAACGUCACCGCGCACCCGUACACCUCCGUGGGGCAGGUGCGCAACCUCCUCGUCCGUCAGCUGGUGGAGCCGGUCCUGUGGGAGCAGACGAUGCACGCCGUGUUCGACCGGCGGGACCGACUCGACGCGGGCGACGAGCCGGAGCCCCGGCGAGGUUCAAAGGGCGGCGACAGCGACGGCGGCGGCGGCGGCCCCCGCCGCUUUCCGCGGGUGUACGAGGCCGGCCCCGGGAAGCAGCUGGGAUCGGCGCUGCGAGCCUGCAACGCCAAGGCGUGGUCGCGAUACCGGGCCGUGGACGUGGGGCCGAGGAAUGAUUCGCGGGCGGAGGAGGAGGAGUGAUCGUCGGGCGGGGAGGGGUGGUCGCAGAACGUGGAACUUCGGCGCGGCGACGCGCGUGUCCGGUCUGGGGUAUCGACCUAUGCUCCACCCCCCCCACCCCGCCACCGCCAGGGCAUUAUUGACAUUGUAAGGUCGCACUCGUUACACUACAAAGCGCUUGCCGCAAAUUAACCACCGAUAGAUGCCUCGCCGAUCUCGUCAAGGGGCGCGAACCAUCAAUCAAGCGAAGUCCGGUCAUCAUCAUCGCAGCGGCGGCGGCGGCGGCCGCGGCUUUUGGCUGGCCACGGAACAGAGGCGGUGGUCACCUCACCGCACCGCGCGACGCUUUCAGAUGUGUUUCUGCGGCCGUCUGGAACGCGCUUCCUUCCGAUAAUAGGAGCCACUGGAGCUAUGCACUUCAAACCGAGAUUGAAAAUGUGUAUCUUUACAACUGCUUUUUGUGCUUAGUUUGGUGUCGCACGGUUGGCUACGUGCGAAAGAAGUUCAACAUGAAAUUCAAACAUUUUAAUCGGGGAUUGAUUUCUCGCGGGAAUAGUUACAUUUUCUAGACCUCCACCCCAACCACGCACCACAGCGACUGCGUGAGGGGAGUGUUUACACACUACCCACGCGCACUUGUGUGCGAUUAUACGAUAUACAAUGCGCCUGCACACACGUAACUUACACAGCACUUGCCGCAACAGUUCAAGGCCAUACGGUUUGAGCGGCAAUGCUCCUCGCUCACGCCGCAGACAUGGGGUUGACUUGUACGAACUUCGCGAGUCUUAGCGGCUAUGAAUUCAAAAGUUUUAAAAGUCCGAGAAUAAAAUAUAUAUAUUUUAUUUAAGA